CAUGUAUGGACAAGUUACUAAUAGAAAUCGAAAAAGACAACAUGUGAGAAGACCAAGAUCUAGAAGAAAUAGUCCAAGAGUUGUUGUUCCAAGACCAAAAGGUCAACGUUAUGCUAAAACACCUGUAAUAGCCUUACCUGAUACAACAAUUAAUAAGUUAGUAACUUGA